AUGGUCAUUGGAGACAUCACCGACUCGGUGUUCCGGAGCUACGUCUUGACGCUGGGUGAACCCGCCAUGAGUGCGAUGGUUCUGCGCCUCAAACAGGCGGGCAUCAACACGCAAGUCUUGCAGGUGCAUUCCCCUCUCCUGCUUGCUUUCCACCCCAUCCACCCCUGGUUCCCCCUCUCCUGCUUGCUUUCCACCCCAUCCGCCCCUGGUUCCCCCUCUCCUGCUUGCUUUCCACCCCAUCCACCCCUGGUUCCCCCUCUCCUGCUUGCUUUCCACCCCAUCCGCCCCUGGUUCCCCCUCUCCUGCUUGCUUUCCACCCCAUCCGCCCCUGGUUCCCCCUCUAAUGCUUGCUUUCCACCCCAUCCACCCCUGGUUCCCCCUCUCCUGCUUGCUUUCCACCCCAUCCACCCCUGGUUCCCCCUCUCCUGCUUGCUUUCCACCCCAUCCACCCCUGGUUCCCCCUCUCCUGCUUGCUUUCCACCCCAUCCGCCCCUGGUUCCCCCUCUCCAGACUGCUGUCCAUGCAAACCCUGGCCAAUACCCCAUUUCCCUUAUGCUCUCCACCCCCUCUUUCGCUGCUUUCCCUUUUUCUUUGUUCAAUGCUCGUGGUGUCAGAGAGCCACGGGUUGCAGCAGCAGCAGCAGUGGUGGUGAAUUCGGACAUCGAGGAAUGGGUGGAGGCGGGCAGCAGUAGUGCUGGCAGUGACGAGCGAGGCAACAAUGAGUGCCACCUCCCUCUGAAAGUGCUGGCGGGAUGGGGGCGACAGCAGGAUCAAGUCAAGGGAUGCAUGCAGGUGGUAUGCGGGGAUGGUGCAGCUGUUGCUGAGGCGAUUAGGGUGAUUCACCUUUCCCUGCCCCCUUCCUCCUCCCCAUCCCAUCCCUAUUUGCGUCGCCUCCCCUCCCUCUCUACAACACCCCACCCUCCCCCACCCACCCUCCCUUCCCCCUUUUCUUCCUUCACCCACUUCCUGUUUCUCACCUUCAGCCCCCCCCUCCUCUUUCUCCCUUCACCCCCUCAACCCUCACCUCAUUCUUCCAAUCGAAACUUCCGUCUUUUCUUGCUUCAUCCUUCCCACCCACACCCCCUACCACUGUCAUCAUCCCCCUUACACCAGGAACCGCCAGUGGUAUACGUACAGCAUGAGCCACCAGCUCCUGCACUGCACCCCGGCUGCUCUCCUACCUGCUCCUCUUUCUACCCCUCGGGAUGCCACAUCGGCCCUUUAACAGCACACCUUGGUCCUCAGCUCACGUGCAUUGGCGCUGACAGUGUGCUGGGACUGAGGCAGGAAUGGCAGCUGAGCCUCAUAGCCACAGCGCCUUCAGGCCACCCCCCUUUCUCCUCCCACAUCAGCUACACCAUGACAAUCUGCUCUCCCUCAAUUACCCCCUCCAUGCCCCACUCUCCCUCCUGCAUUCCACCUGACCCACUUCAGCCCCCCACGCCGGCUGCAGCAGCAGUGCCGGCUGUGAAGAUUGUGAAUUGA